UUCCCAAGCCCCCAGUGCAUGCUGGGAGUUGCAGUCGAAAGGCUGGGGCGGCCGUGAGGUCAUCGGUGGUCGCCGGGAGCCGCCAGCACGUGGCGAGGAAGGGGCGGUGCGCGCCUGCUGUCUGCACCUGAGAGGGGGCAGGAGCUGCCGGCGCUUGCGCCUCCUGCUGCGGUGCCCUCCCGACAUGCCGGAGGAGGCGGGCUUCCCGCCGGCCAAGAGAUUCCGGCCGGGCUCUGGGCCUCCGAGCCGCUCUGGGUCCUUCCCUCCUGGGAGGCAAGUGGUGAUGCUGCUGACUGCGGGCAGCGGCGGCAGAGGUGGAGGAGGAGGCCGGAGGCAGCAGCCGCCUCUGGCCCAGCCCUCGGCCAGUCCCUACCCUGAAGCUGUGGAGCUGCAGCGCCGGAGUCUGCCCAUCUUCCAGGCGCGGGGACAACUGUUGGCCCAGCUCCGAAACCUGGACAACGCGGUCCUCAUCGGGGAAACUGGCUCUGGGAAGACAACUCAGAUCCCUCAGUACCUGUAUGAAGGAGGGAUCAGCCGCCAGGGCAUCAUUGCUGUGACCCAGCCUCGUCGAGUAGCUGCCAUCUCUCUUGCUACUAGAGUCUCAGACGAGAAGAGAACUGAACUCGGGAAGCUGGUCGGCUAUACAGUGCGCUUUGAUGAUGUCACCUCAGAAGACACCAGGAUCAAGUUUCUGACAGACGGCAUGCUUCUGCGCGAAGCAAUUUCAGACUCUUUGCUGCGGAAGUACAGCUGUGUCAUUUUGGAUGAAGCUCACGAACGGACUAUCCACACAGAUGUGCUCUUUGGAGUGGUGAAAACCGCACAGAAGAGGAGAAAGGAACUAGGGAAACUUCCUCUGAAAGUGAUUGUGAUGUCAGCUACAAUGGAUGUGGACCUGUUCUCUCAGUAUUUCAGUGGCGCCCCCGUCCUCUACCUAGAGGGUCGGCAGCAUCCGAUCCAAGUGUUUUACACCAAACAGCCUCAGAAUGAUUACCUGCACGCCGCGCUUGUCUCAGUCUUCCAGAUCCACCAGGAAGCCCCUCCUUCACAGGACAUCCUGGUGUUCCUCACUGGGCAGGAGGAGAUUGAAGCCAUGAGCAAGACCUGCCGAGACAUUGCAAAGCACCUCCCAGACGGCUGCCCUGCGAUGCUGGUCCUUCCGCUGUACGCCUCCCUGCCCUAUGCGCAGCAGCUGCGAGUCUUCCAAGGGGCCCCAAAGGGCUAUCGCAAAGUGAUCAUUUCAACCAACAUCGCUGAAACCUCCAUAACCAUUACAGGAAUAAAAUAUGUAGUUGACACGGGCAUGGUUAAAGCAAAGAAGUAUAACCCUGACAGUGGUCUUGAGGUGUUAGCAGUGCAGCGGGUAUCGAAGACGCAGGCUUGGCAGCGCACAGGGAGGGCUGGCAGAGAGGACAGUGGCAUCUGUUACCGGCUCUACACGGAGGAGGAGUUUGAGAAGUUUGAUAAGAUGACCGUGCCAGAGAUCCAGAGGUGUAACCUGGCCAGUGUGAUGCUUCAGCUUCUGGCAAUGAAAGUCCCAAAUGUGCUCACCUUUGACUUCAUGUCCAAGCCAUCUCCAGAUCACAUUCAGGCGGCCAUUGCCCAGCUGGACCUGUUAGGUGCUCUCGAACAUAAGGAUGACCAGCUUUCCCUGACUCCAAUUGGAAGAAAGAUGGCGGCAUUUCCUUUAGAACCCAAAUUUGCCAAAACCAUCCUCAUGUCCCCCAAAUUCCACUGUACAGAGGAGAUCCUGACCAUCGUCUCCCUGCUGUCUGUGGACAGCGUCCUCCACAACCCUCCUUCCCGGCGAGAGGAAGUGCAAGGGGUCCGCAAGAAGUUCGUAUCCAGCGAGGGGGAUCACAUGACCCUGCUCAAUAUCUAUCGGACCUUCAAAAACCUGGGUGGAAAUAAGGACUGGUGCAAAGAGAAUUUUGUCAACAGCAAGAAUAUGAUGCUGGUCGCCGAAGUCAGAGCACAGCUGAAGGACAUCUGCUUAAAGAUGUCAAUGCCCAUCGUGUCAUCCCGAGGAGACAUGGAGAGCGUCCGCCGCUGCCUGGCUCACAGCCUCUUCAUGAGCACCGCCGAGCUUCAGCCAGAUGGCACCUAUGCCACCACGGACACCCACCAGCCGGUGGCCAUCCACCCGUCAUCCGUCCUCUUCCACUGCAAGCCGGCCUGCGUCGUGUACACCGAGCUGCUCUACACCAACAAGUGCUACAUGCGGGACCUCUGCGUUGUGGAUGCAGAGUGGCUGUACGAGGCUGCCCCUGAAUACUUUAGGAGGAAGCUGAGAACCACCAGAAACUGAGCCGCCCCAGGAUGCCAGGAUGCCACCAGAAUCGCUGGUCCCUGGGAGCUUGGACUCCAGUCGUCCUCACAGCAGCCUUCCAGGGUGGCACUUAGAGAAGCCUUGGAGUCAGCUGAGCGUGCCUGACUUCCAGGGGCUUGAAAGCAUCUUUGCUUCACCUCCUAGGACUGACCCAUGUAGACAUGGACAUAUCAUUUGUACCUGGAAGCUUCAGAAUUAUGCUUCUGGUUCUUACUGGGUGACUUUGACUUAAUUAACACCUGAGCCUCAGUUUUCUCAUCUGCCAAAUGGGAGCAAUAAUAAUCCUUAUAAAAUUGGGUUCAUAAAGUUUAGAGAAAAUGAAUGGAAGGUACCCAGAACUAUGCCUGGAGCACGCCACACAUACAGGGAGUUGGGAGCCAUUAGGCUGAAUGUUGCUGCUUUCCACAUGAUGUGAAUUAGGUACAGCAACAUCCCAAGUUCUUGUGACUGAGGGCGAUUUUCUGGAAGGGCCACAGGAAGUUGCGGAGCUUGGAUGUUGCCCUUGGUUCUUGUUUAAUGUCCAUCUGUAUGCAGUUUUAAAAUAGAAAACACAACUGACUUCUGUAGAAGUUUCCAGAGGGAGGUGCUGUUAUCUCGUACCUCCUGGGAUGGUGAUCCCUACUGAACACUUAUGUCUGGAGGUGGACCACUCUGUGUCUGUCUCCAAGCAGAGACCAGUAAAGGAGCCUCCUGGUCCUCGGUACGUGACCCUGUUGGUGCGUGACCCUGUCAGUGCUUUCAGGAGACAUGUAAGCUUCCCGGGUGAAGGCUGAUUUAAACCUUCUGAAUCCUGUCACACAUAGACGUGGGAAACUGGCCUUUCAGUGUUUUGUGCCAUGAGGAGUGAGUCUGUACCAUUUCAGCUGUUUCUUUUUGGGCAGAGCCCCUGGUCAGAGGUGGUGGGGGUGGGGAGGGGAGAGGGGUACAUAGAACCCAGAGAACGUUGGCUUAUGCCAGAGACCACACCACAUCUGGGCUUGCAUUCUUGUAUCUUUCUCGGUGUGUGGGCGGAGGGCGGUUCAGUGAAGACUGGAAGGCCUGCUGGAGAAAUUCGAAAAGAGCUGGAGCUGUAGCACUUACUCUUGCAUCUCAUUAAUGUGCUAUGAUAUUUUUUCCUUCUUCGUAGGGACUUGGGGACAGUCUGGCUUUGCUGCUUUCUAACUGCUAGGCACCUCCCUCUAAGCCUCAUUGUCAGAGGGAAUUGGAGGUCUCCACAGUCUCUUCCUGUUCUGACAUUCCGAGCAGAGAACAGGCACUCACUGUUCCUCUUAGCCAUUUAAUUAUCAGAAGCCAGUAAUCUUUCCCCAGACAAUGUUCUGUCCUAGAAGUCGUCGAGCUUUGGCUCUUGUGUUGUGCUUACUUGGUCCAAAUACAUCUGUGGGUGUUUUGUCAUUUCUUACUGAAUGAAUCGUAGUUAUAACCAGGGACCAAACUGCCCAAGAGGCUCUUCAGAGAUCACGGACGGUCUCUUUCUGGGAGCUGUGGCCUGAGGGAACAGGCCCCAUCCCAGGGUCCCAUCUGUCCGGAGUUGGGGAUGUCAAGUCCAGCUGAGUCUCUAUUUCCAACGCUAGCCACGGUCCUGCGCAGUCAAGCUCUCAGUGUUUAGGGCUCUGUCAGAAAUGGUUCUAUGUGGGCGAAAUAAGAUCUGACAGCUCCUAGAUACCUUAUCUUACUGAAUUCUUGAACUUUGAACCAGUUCUUCCACUUACUGACUUGUUACCGUGGCUGACUUUCUGAAAAGUUUCCCACGGUUUUCUUUGUUUUGUUUUUUUUGUUGUUGUUUUUUUGCAGUAGGGGAUUAGGAUGUUUCGUCCUACUUGGUAAGAAAAAGUACUGUAUUUUUAAUAAAUCAUUCACAGUGCUGGUAAAAAAAAAAAGAAAAAGAAAAAAAAGAAAAUUGUGGAGUGGCUGGGCGUGGCGGCUCACACCCAUAAUCCCAGCACUUUGGGAGGCCGAGGCGGGCAGAUCACCUCACGCCUGUAAUCCCAGCAUUGGGAUGGGAGGCCAAGGUGGGUGGACUGCUUGAGAAGUUCAAGACCAGCCUGGCCAACAUGGCAAAACCCCGUCUCUACGAAAAAUACAAAACUUAGCUGGGUGUGGUGGCACACGCCUGUAAUCCCAGCUACCCAGGAGGCUGAGGCACAAGAAUUGCUUGAACUUGGGAGGCAGAGUUUGCAGUGAGCCAAGAUUGCGCCACUGCACUCCAGCCUGGCCGACAGUGCGAGACUGCCUCAGAAAAAAAAGAAAAAACUUAGGGUAAUUUAUGUCCAGCUUAAGUACCUGAACAGUUUCCAGAAAUGUGUAUUUUUUUUUCUGAGAGGCAAAGGAUGUAAACAGCUUCUAAGUAGCUUUAAUGUUUCUGUACAGAAAUAUGUUUAUCACUGUAACAUUGUGGUAGAGUUUUAAUACAGUAUUUAGUUUUUUAUUGGGCUUUUUAAAAAAGUUAACUUUUAACAUAGCUGCUCAGGGAUUAAAUCAGAUUGGAAAACCCAUUCUGACUCCAUAUAUUACUACAAAGAAAUACAUCGUUGUUUCUAUUGAACUGCAAGGAAUAGUACACUUUACACUUAAGAAAGUUAAAUGUUUCACAGUAACAUUGCAAUAUAACCUUCAGCUACUCUUUUUCAAUUGGUAAAAUCUGAUGGUAUGAUACCUCUUUGCCAACCUACGAAACCCAUAUCUGGAAGAGUCACCAGCUCCCGUGAGCAGCUUCAUGUAAAUAGAUGCACUCCAAGCAGAUUGCAUGCCUCAGGUGUUUGUCUUCUAGUAAUCAUGGAGUAUGCAACACCCAGAGUAACACGACAAGGGGCAGGACUGCAAACAGCAGGUCCUGCUACAAACCCUUAAUGCUGCAUUGCUGCCAGUUGUAAAGAAAUGCCUGAAUGGAGGCGAGUUUUGCCCUGUGGGUAAAACUGAUGAAGUACUGUACUGUCAUAUAUAAAUCCACUAAAUCCAGCUACCAGGAACUGCCUGGAACUAUGGUCAUGCAUUUUUUUUUUUUCUUUAAAGACCAGUGUGAUAGCAGGCCAUGCAUCUGAGAUACGAUAUUCCUUGGUAACUAGAGGGAGGAAAAAAAAAUCAAAUAGGUUCAGGCGUAUGUUGUAUUUUGAGAGUCUGGUUUUAUCUGAACAGAAAUAACUCUACAGAAAGCUCCUGUAAAUAAUGCUCAAAUUUGCACUCGACGAUCAAAUCCAUUAAAAAUGAAUCUUGUA